CGGAAAGUCCAAGUGGCUUUUAACGGUUAAGAUUAAUUCAGAAAACUAAUAAAUAUAACCCCGCCAGCAUUUUGUAAACCCUCUCUUAUCAAAACCUAGAAAAAACUAGCGAGGGUUUUAGAAGAAGAGAAGCAGCUCUCGACGAACCUCUUGAAGGUUCUGACAAUGGCUUUCAUUAGUAAAGUGGGGAAUCUACUUAAACAGACUUUGAGUGGACGUGUUAAUUCUGAAUUGUCGGCAUCAAAUCCUUCUAUUUUUCAAGGCAUAAGAUGCAUGUCAUCUUCGAAACUCUUUGUUGGAGGUCUUUCAUAUAACACAGAUGACCAAUCCUUGAGAGAAGCAUUUACUGCUUAUGGGGAGGUCAUUGAAGCAAGAGUAAUCAUGGACCGUGAAACGGGUAGAUCUCGAGGCUUUGGUUUUGUUAGUUACACAUCUGAGCAGGAGGCUUCUGGUGCCAUUCAGGCUUUGGAUGGACAGGAUCUUCAUGGCCGUAGGGUAAGAGUGAACUAUGCAACAGAUAGGGCAGGAGGAUUCCGAAGUGGUGGCUAUGGAGGUGGCGGUGGCAGCUAUGGAGGUGGCGGUGGCUAUGGAGGCGGUGGUUAUGGUGGUGGAAGCGGUGGCUAUGGUGGUGGCUAUGGUGGCUAUGGUGGUGGAGGGGGUGACAACAGCUAUGGAAGUGGAGGGGGCAGCUAUGGUGGUGCUGGAGGCAGUGGUUAUGGAGGGGGAAACUAUGGUGGCGGUGGUGGGAGUUAUGGUGAUACAAGUGGUGGUGGAGGCUAUGGUGGUGGAAGCAGCUUUGAUGGUGGAAAUGUUGCUGUGGAUGGCAGCAGCGCUGGCAGUGGGAGUUAUGGUGUUGCAGGUGGUGCUGCUGCUAUGGGUGGGGAUGGUAGUUAUGCAUCUGGCUCUUAUGGUGGCAGCACAGGUGUGGGUUUUGGUGGUGAUCAAUUUGGUAGCAACUCGGACAACAGCACAGGUCCUGCUGAAAACCAUGGCCAGGAUGAUCUGGAAGGGCGUAUCAUGGACAAUGAUGAUCAGCCUGACGACUAUGCAGACAAGAGGGGCUGAUUGAUCAAACCAACUCUUCCGCCACCACCACCAAUGGGAAAUAUAUCUUGUAGAGUUUUAGCAGGGUGAGGAAUUGAUAAAUAUAGCAGAGACAACAGACUGAUAGAUGGGGGCUUGCUGCUUCAGUAUUUAACUGUGAAGAGAACUUCGGUUUUGGUCUGUCAUGGUUCGCCUUAAAUUUUUCUAAUUCUAUUCUCAGCUUUUUCCGUUCU